GGUGACCUGGAGUCUACUGCGUCAGAACAACGCCUACCGAGGGUGUUACUGUGGCCUGUACUCGCAGGGGACAUCCUUGGAAUCUGUCCUCCCCUCCCAACGCCAGGUUAAAAACCUCAGCAGCACAUGCUGUUUGCUAAACUGCCUGCCACCGACCAGAGAUCUAGCUCACGAGGGGAGCCAGCAUGUCAGCUGUGGUCCUGGAGAACGGAAGCCCUGGCAGGAAACUCUCUGAGGGACAGGAAACAAGCUAUAUUGAAGACAACUCCAGUCAAAAUGGUGCCAUAUCACUGAUCUUCUCACUCAAAGAAGAAGUUGGUGCCCUGGCCAAAGUCUUGCGCUUAUUUGAGGAGAAUGAUAUAAACCUGACCCACAUCGAAUCCAGACCUUCACGCCUAAAGAAAGAUGAAUAUGAAUUUUUUACCUAUCUGGAUAAACGUAGCAUGCCUGUCCUAGCAAACAUCAUCAAGAUUUUGAGGCAUGACAUCGGUGCCACUGUCCAUGAGCUUUCUCGGGAUAAGACAAAAGACACAGUGCCCUGGUUCCCAAGAACCAUCCAAGAGCUUGACAGAUUUGCCAAUCAGAUUCUCAGCUAUGGAGCAGAACUGGAUGCAGACCAUCCUGGUUUUAAAGAUCCUGUGUAUCGAGCAAGACGGAAACAGUUUGCUGACAUUGCCUACAACUACCGACAUGGUCAGCCCAUCCCUCAAGUGCAAUACACGGAAGAAGAAAAGAAAACAUGGGGGACGGUAUUCAGGACCCUGAAGUCCUUGUAUAAAACCCAUGCUUGCUAUGAACACAAUCACAUCUUCCCACUUCUGGAAAAGUACUGUGGCUUCCGUGAAGAUAACAUUCCGCAGCUGGAAGAUGUUUCUCAAUUUUUGCAGAGUUGCACUGGAUUCCGCCUCCGACCUGUGGCUGGCCUGCUUUCCUCCCGGGAUUUCUUGGGUGGCCUGGCCUUCCGAGUCUUCCACUGCACUCAGUACAUCAGACAUGGGUCCAAACCCAUGUAUACACCUGAACCUGACAUCUGCCAUGAACUGUUGGGACACGUACCCUUGUUUUCAGAUCGCAGCUUUGCUCAGUUUUCCCAGGAAAUUGGCCUUGCCUCUCUGGGUGCCCCUGAUGAGUACAUUGAGAAACUCGCCACAAUUUACUGGUUUACUGUGGAGUUUGGCCUCUGCAAACAAGGAGACUCCAUAAAGGCGUAUGGUGCUGGGCUCCUGUCAUCUUUUGGUGAAUUACAGUACUGCUUGUCCGGCAAGCCAAAACUCCUCCCCCUGGAGCUAGAGAAGACAGCCACCCAGGAGUACACUGUCACAGAGUUCCAGCCCCUCUAUUAUGUGGCUGAGAGUUUUAAUGAUGCAAAGGAGAAAGUGAGGAACUUUGCUGCUACAAUCCCACGGCCCUUCUCAGUUCGUUAUGAUCCAUACACUCAAAGGAUUGAGGUCUUGGACAAUACGCAGCAGCUUAAGAUUUUGGCCGACUCCAUCAACAGUGAAGUUGGAAUCCUUUGUAGUGCCCUCCAGAAAAUAAAGUGAAACCAUGGACAAAACCUGUCAACUGAGAAUCUGUUGAUAGAAAUCUGUUGAUAGAAAUUUCAUUUCAUCUGAAAAAGUUUGAAAAGUAAACCUUAAUUUGAAUUGACAGCCUUAAAUCUUUUUUGGAACAAUAUGUAGGAUGAACAAAUAAAUCAAAAUAACUUGAAAUGACAGCAUAUUAAUGCAUAUCCAAAAGCAUAAUCUUCUGGGGUCAUCUUUGAUUUAUAGAUGAUAAUCCCAUACUCUCAAUUCAGUUAAAGUCAAUAAUCUGUCACCUUUCAUCAACAUUAAUUAAAAUUGGGAACUGAUUUACUCAAGCUUCAUAUAUGCUUUUGUUAUUGGCCAUAGAAAAUUCCUAAAGGAAUACAUAUCACUCAAUAUAAAACACAAGCCUCUUAUUAGAAUUGAAUUUGUUGAUUUAAUAGAAAUUUAACCUACAAAAGUCAUUUUCUGUUCAGUAAACUAUAAUUCUAAGUAUUGUUGUGUUUUACCCAUGUAAUUUCCUUUAAUUCAAGAGCUCAUUAAAAUAGUUAUAAAGAUUGAAGUUCAUAACAUAA